AUGGAGCACAUGGGAGCAGAUGACCAAGGCCAUAUGGAGCACAUGGGAGAAGAUGACCAAGGCCCUAUGGAGCAGAUCACCAAGGCUGUAUGGAGCAGAUGGGAGCAGAUGACCAAGGACGUAUGGAGCACAUGGGAGCAGAUGACCAAGGCCAUAUGGAGCACAUGGGAGCAGAAGACCAAGGCCAUAUGGAGCACAUGGGAGCAGAUGACCAAGGCCGUAUGGAGCACAUUGGAGCAGAUGACCAAGGCCAUAUGGAGCACGUGGGAGCAGAUGACAAAGGCCAUAUGGAGCACAUGGGAGCAGAUGACAAAGGCCAUAUGGAGCACGUGGGAGCAGAUGACCAAGGCCAUAUGGAGCACGUGGGAGCAGAUGACCAAGGCCAUAUGGAGCACAUGGGAGCAGAUGACCAAGGCCGUAUGGAGCACAUUGGAUCAGAUGACCAAGGCCCUAUAG